UGUCACGUUCUCGGAUGCGUGCAGCAGAGCCGAUCUCAAUAGAGCUUUAGCGAUCGCUUUAAUUUACAACGAAAAACUGACAGUGCUCGGCAUAUAUCGUACUGCCUGAAUAUUCCUGUUUAUUUCGCUUUUCCAUGACUUCCUUUAACGACCCCUCAAAGGGGAGGAAUUAGAUUACUAUUGUUUCUGUACCUGUAGACUGCAUUUAGAGAAUGGCUACCUACUCAGAGGCAGAAUUAGUGCUGCAUUCAAGUGGUGACAAUAUUCAGGAUCAAACGCAGGAAGUGCAGCAGAUGCAUGAUGAUGUGGAGAUGAAAAGCAACGGCUCAAGUGGGACUGAUUCAAAUGGGAUUGAGUUUUCAGAGAGUUCGAGCAGUAGUGCAAGCCAUAAUGAAAAGGAUUCUGCUUUGCUCUUGGAUUCAUUACCGAGCAGCAAAAGCUCCAAUUCUCAGAGCCUCUCACUUCACUGCAGUUCAAAUGGAUUCAGCCUCAUUAGUGCUAGUUCAGAACAAGAUAAUCCUUCAACAAGUGGAUGCAGUAGUGACCAAUCUGCCAAAGCAAAGACACAGAAAGAGUUGAUAAAAGCACUCGCAGUCUUAAAAAGGCACUUACCAUCUGAAAAGAUGACUAAAGGGAAAUCCAGGACACUUUCUACACUGAAAUAUGCAUUGGAUUGCGUAAAGCAGGUGCAAGCAAAUGAAGAAUACUACAGGUUCCUAAUGAACACUGAUACUGAAUCAAAUAGCUUGAGCCUGAACUCCUUCACAGUCGAUGAAGUAGAGAAUAUAAUUUCUGAAUACACCUCAAAGAAUGCUGAUAUCUUUGCUGUAACUGUUUCCUUAAUCACGGGCCAGAUUGUGUACAUCUCUGACCAAGCCGCCUCUAUUCUGAAUUGUAACAAAGAAGUCUUCAAAAGCAUGAAAUUCACAGAACUACUUGCUCCACAAGAUGUUGGAGUUUUCUACAGCUCCACAAAGCCAUCUCAGCUUCCGAUGUGGAACGUGUGCACAGCUGCUGGUUCAUUGCCUUCAGACUGCAUGCAGGAGAAGUCUUUCUUCUGCCGGAUUAGUGGGAACCAACAGCAAGAUCAUAGCACUCAUUACUAUCCCUUUCGUGUAACGCCUUAUCUCACAAGGGUACGAGCAUCUGAAGAUGACGACGACCAACUGUGCUGUCUGUUACUUGCUGAAAGGGUACACUCAGGAUAUGAAGCACCACGAAUUCCCCAUGAUAAGAGGGUGUUUACAACCACUCACACACCUAGCUGCAUGUUCCAGGAUAUUGAAGAGAGGGCUGUCCCUCUCUUGGGUUAUUUGCCUCAGGAUCUCAUUGGAAUGCCUAUACUGAUGCACUUGCACCCUGAUGAUCAACCCUUGAUGGUGGCCAUUCAUAAAAAGAUACUAAAACAGGCAGGACAACCUUUUGAGCAUUCGCCAGUUCGCUUCUGCACACAAAACGGUGACUAUAUCACAAUUGAUACCAGUUGGUCAAGUUUCGUAAAUCCCUGGAGCAGAAAAGUGUCCUUCAUAAUCGGAAGACACAAAGUACGAACGGGUCCUUUGAAUGAAGAUGUAUUUGCUGUUCCGGAGUCUAGUGAAAUGAAGACACUCAGUCCUGAAAUACAAACCAUCACUGAGCAAAUUCAGCAGCUCUUGCUACAGCCAAUUUACAACAAUGGUUCCAGUGGGUAUGGAUGUUUGGGCAGUAAUGGAUCUCACACACAGAUCAUCAGUGUAGCUUCUUCCAUGGAUGCUAAUGGCAACAUCAAUAAAGAGAACCACUGGGACAAACCUAUAACAGUUCAGAAAAUUUGUAAAGAUGAACACCUGGGCAGAAUCCAAGGGCAAACAGAUUUCAUUGAGAAACCAAAAAGUGAAUCGAAACGCAGAAACAAAACUGGAAUGCAAAAAGAGUUGAGCAGCCAUACCAAAGAUUUAAAAAUGAGCCCAUCCAAGGGUGCUUCAAUAAAUAGCGCUGGAAAAAACAUGCUCUUAGAUGAACCAAGAUGUAAGGAGCAUUCUGGAUAUUGCUAUCAACAGAUCAAUUGUCUGGAUAGUGUAAUGAGAUAUUUGGAUAGCUACAAUAUUCUGUACUCUAUGAAAAGGAAAUGUAAUUCUUCAUCACCGUCAGAUGAUGACAAACAAAAAGUUGACAAAGUGGAUGAUUCUAAAGCUCAAUUCAAGCCCACGAAAGAGAUGCCUUCUGGAGCGGUUGUUGGCACACCCCUAGCACCACUCACCUUGCCAAGGAAGGCAGCAAGUGUCAUCAGCCAAGGAAGUUACAGCAGCACUAUUGUUCACGUGGGAGACAAAAAGCAAGAAAUCCUAUUGGAGGAUGGACUUGUUAUAGCUGAUCCAACAGAGAACGUGACGCCACCUGCGCUGGUCACCACUGCAUCUUCUGUGAACCCAGAAAAGGAACCGUACAAAAAACUUGGCCUCACCAAAGAAGUUUUAGCUGCUCAUACUCAAAAAGAAGAACAGAUAUUUUUGAGCAAAUUCAUGGAGCUGAAUAAACUAAAACCUGUUGAAGCUUCUUAUAAACCCUCUUUGCAAAAUCAUCGCAAAGGAUUUUCAGGGGAUCGUGGUUCUCGAGGAUUUAAACUUGCAUGGAAUCGUGGAGAAAAUGCGCACAAAAAAGGUGGGAGGAAUAGGAAACCCGAAUUGAAACGCAGCAAACAGCAGGGAUCAUCUGACAGUGCUGCAAGUCUCAACACCAAUCAUAGACAUCCCCCUUGGUCCCCAUCUGCUCCUUUACAGCAGAUAUGUCCACCAUUACCAAUUACCGCUGUCAUACCGACCUACCAGCUACCAAUGUUUUCAGCCUCUGGGGGCAUGCCUUUUGUUACAGACCCAUCUCUGGGCAACUUUGAAAGUGGUCCUGCUGUUCACUGCAACCCUCAACCUUCACCAUUUCCUGCACCCUUAGUGCCUCCAUUGGUAGCAGUAGUGUGGCCUAAUUAUGUGAUGCCUCCUGUAACUGAGACCGUGCACCAGCCAAUUUUUCAGCCUCCGCUCCCUUCACAGCCGGGCUUUUUGCCUGCACAGAACUCAUUCCAUUCUCAGCCACAGUUUCCGUCACAACAUCAUGAUCAACCAGCAAGAGGUGAGAAGAUGCCUACAGUAGAAUCUCAAGGAGUGAGGUCCUGUCCAGGACCACCAGGACACAAUCCCACUCCAUUAUUCCACUCUAGGUCCAGUUCACCUUUGCAGCUAAACCUACUGGACGAGAUGCCCACGACCUCUGAAGCAGUUGGAAGUGUAGGUGCCGCUGGGUUAAUAGUGGAUGGAGGGGGAAUAGCCAUCACUGCCAAUGUUACAAACGUGGAUGCCAUUGCAAAAGACGAAGCAGAACUUGCUGAAGCCCCUGCUGAAGCCCAGAACAGUGAUGCUCACUCCACUUCUACAGACAUUCUGGACCUGUUACUACAUUCAGACACCAGAUCUGCAGGCUCGGGGAGUGUGGGAUCAUCAGCCUCGGGCUCUUCCAGAUCUCCAUCCAAUGGGUGUGGAAUGUCGGGAACUGACACAGGGAGUAGCUACUUAAGCUCUAGCAAAUAUUUUGGAAGCAGUGACUCUGAGAAUGAGAAAGUAGGCCAGAGCAAUAAAUUUAUGCACCAAAAUCCGAUCUGGCUAGAAAAUGCAAAUGCAGAUGAGAGAACAAUGAUGACCUAUCAACUGCCAGUGAGGGACAUUGAAACAGUUCUGAAGGAGGAUAGAGAGAAGCUGAAACAGAUGCAGAGAAACCAACCCAAAUUCACUGAAAAGCAAAAAAAGGAACUUGCUGAGGUCUUUCCUUGGUUUAAGACAAAUGCAAUGCUAAAGACCAUAGACAUCACGGAUAAUAUUUUCGGUGAGAAAAACGUGUCACAGAGCAUUUCACCAACAUUUGAUGCGGAAGUCCAUAAUCUGGAAUUGAAUGGACUGAUGGAGCUAGGCCAAGAUGUUGCCUUUCAUACCUCAAACUUUACAACUGAAGAGCAAACUCCUUCAGAGAUUUCAUCAGCUAACCUGGAAUUAGCAACCUAUGUAUUUGGAAACUCUGCAAGUUGAAGAUCUUUAAAGUAUUCAAGCGGACACAUAGUUUCUAGGUAUUGAGUGCACAAGACUUUUUUGGGAGUUUAUACAACUUGCAUCUCACCUUAAAUGUAAAUAUUGAGGAAAUACAGUUUUUUAAAAGUUUUUAUUUUAAAAAUGCUAAUAUUAUUAAAUGGCAUAAAUUGUGUUGCUUCAAGUUGAAUUACUUCUGACUGUAACCAUAGUUAAUAUAUAUGUUCAUGAAGUUUGGUGUUACUGUAUCUGAUAUUAGUGUAUAAUUUUUAAGUAUCAAUGUAUGUUGUAAAUGAAUUGGCGGUUUUUGAUGACUAACCAUUAAAAUUAAUUUUAUAGUCAGUUAAUGUUUGUGUUCCUUGCAGCUUAUAGAUAAAUAUCUUUGUGGUUGUUUGUAUUUCAAUUUACAACCUGUCAGUAUAAUUUUGUUGGUACAUUGGGAAGCUUCCAUUACAACAAAUAUUUUCGCUGAAUGUUCUGCCUAAUAGGGGUGUUAGUGGAGAUAUUUUUAAUGAUAUAUAAUAAUUAUAAUUUGGGACAGAGUAUAUGCUGAUCCAUAGACCUAGAUUUUCAGAUGUUCACCCUAACAUUAGUGUUCUGAUUUCUGAACACUAAUUGGAUUAUAUGCUAAGAUUGGAAUUUUAACAUUGUUGGUAUAAUCCAAUGAGAUCCAAAUUCAGAAACAUAACUUUUGAAGAAAGUAAACGACUCUUUCUGAUUUUCGAGCAAGGCAAUAAAUGGGAAGCAAAAUGUUAGAACAGAACAGUCCCGCACAGGCCCACAGUGUUGUCCCAAACCAGUUAAAAAGCAAAUCAAAAACAGAAGAGCACUAAUCCUUCCUACCUACACCAUGUCCAUAUCCCUCCAUUUUCCUUAUAGAACGUAGAAGCACUGAUAAAAAUGAACUGAAAUGUGUUUAAAUAGUUUUUGUUUGGUUUAGAAUGCUCCUAAGGUCCAGAUUUCAUUAAAUUGUCUUCAUUCAAGCUCGUGCAAAAACAGCAGUGAUGGUAACUGUCAAGUAUCCAAAGUAAAGUGGCACAGGGCUUGAACCUGCUCGGUGCUCCUUGACAAAACACACAUUUUCUUAACUUCUGAGCUCAUCUUUAAAAGAAAACACCUGUUUUUAUAAAUGACCUUACUUGUCACACCAGUGAAACAAAUGUAAAAGCUUACAUGUACCAUGCUUAAAAAUGAUCUGUUUUUGCUUCUGUGAUUUUGAAAUGUAAUUACAUUACAAACAUAAUUUACUGUUGCCUUAUUUUAUAUGGAUAAUUUUGAAUGUUAAUUUAUGCUCCCAUAAAUGAGGAAGUGAAGAAUAUAUAUUCUAGAGUUGUGGAAUCUGCCACCACUAAAGGAAACAAUAAUUGUGCCUGAAUUAACUAUUACAAAGAAAAUCCUUACCAAAUGUUUUCCUUCAAAUGCAUUGUCAAUUUCUUUUUGAAAUACUGCUUUGAAUUUGACAAUGCAUUCCAGAUUGACACUGUGUAAAAGGAUUUCUCACUUCAGUGGUUCUAGAUCCUGAACAGAUGAACACCAUGGAAGUGUGGAAAUCUGAAUAAUUUCCCUCCUUUUCCUCUCAUGCUGGUAAGCAGUGAGGAGAGAGAAAGGCCAUGAGAUUUGGAGAACAAUAGAAUGUUGCAUGCCAAAGAGACCAGAAUAAAAACAAAAAAUAGUGAAACUCUCUUGUAGGUGGGAAAGAAAAAGUAAUGAUUUUACAUGGAGGUCAGAUCAUUGGCUCAAAAAAUGGGGUGCAGUACAUUUUUGCUGGCAGUUAUAGGGAAAAAAACUGCCAGUAAAAUCAUUUUUUAUACUUAACUAAAUUCCUGACUUCUCUACCUGCAUGUUGCACAGAAGAGAAGUUGAGAACAAAGUGAGAUUCAGUCAUUGAAUUUGGCAUUGAUUCACUCAUUUGAAUGGAAUCUCUGGAUGGAAAAAGUUAGUUUGUAUUUCUUAAUUUUAAUUAUUCUUAAUGCUAUUGAUUUAAUUUUUAUUUUAUUUAAAAUACAUGCAACAAAGAAAAUUAGGAAGAAAAUCUACUUUGAUUAUUUUUAACUAUCACUGAUAAUCAGUUCGGCUUUUGGUUGCAGUAAGCUGUCAAAAGGUCUUCAAGGGUGUCAACGAGUGCCCUUUAUGGACUGGUCUAUUCUGCAGGCUGGCAAUAGCAACAAGGCCUUCAGUUUAAGUGGACCCACCUGACCAUAGAAAUAUCCUUGCUGUCCUCAGGGUAAGUGCAAGUUAUAAACCAGAUUGAACACAAUCCAGUCCAUUAAUACUGGUUCUCUUCCUGCAGAUGCUGCUUGACCAGUAUUUCCAUAGGUUUUAGCUUUUGUUUCAGAUUUCCAAAUCCUGUAGCAUUCUGUAAAGUGGCCAUCUUUAUUGAAAUAUUGUUUUUAAUAUUGUUAUCUGGAUUUCUGCUACAAAGUAUAAAAUUGUUUUUUAUACCCAAAUGUUAUGAUUUAUUGGCUUCUCAAUUGGAAAAGGUUGAGUCUAAAUCAUCUUCAAAUUGAUGGUCUUUCUCUUGUCUUUGCUUGUGAUGCUCAAUAUAAACAGGCUGAUUUGAUUAUUUUCCCCCUGCAGCAAGUGCUUACAAUGAGCACUUGAAUUGGAAUUCCUGGAGGGUGUUUUAACUUUGAUUGGAAUCAAAUUAGCAUAUAGGAGGUAAAAUAGCUGCAUUGUAAUUAUAAAUUAAAGGCUUGUCAAUGCAACAUAUUUUAUCUUUUGCAGUACAGCCUUGUGCUGUGGCUCUUCCAUCAGCAAUUAUAAUCAAAGUUAAAUGUUUGGCCUAGUUCUAAUUAGUUCCCACAAUUAGAGCAACAACUUGAGUUUUAAGAAUUUCAGUAAUACUCCAAUAAUCUAGCACCAUUGCGCCUUUAGUGUCAGACUUCUGGAUUUUUCAGGCAAUUGGAUAUUUCGCCCAUUAUGUUCCCUAUGCACUUUUAUUACAUGUUACACAAUAUCAUAGUAAGUCUCUCUGUGAACCCUGUGAGUUUAAAGAAAACAAGUAAUAGUGCCUGGUGUUCCAACCCAGAUUCAAGCACCUGGCUUGGGCCACAGUCCCCAUUUGCACUCCAGGCUGUUGGAUCAAAUUCUGGAAAAAUGAGGGAGUCAGAUGCUGAAACAGAGGGAUCUCUGAACAGUGGAAUGCUUGGUUAUUGGAGUUUAAGGAAUGUGAGUGCCUACAUCCCUUUUUAUAUGGAAGUGCCUUAUUUCUAUUUAGCCUUUCCUAAUCUUUGAGAAUCAUAUUUUCAAACACAAAAGCCCUAUCACAUUGCUGUACUAUAAGUUCCUACAGUGUAUUGUUGGGCUUUGCAUGAGUUUCUAAAGUACAAUGGAUCUGGUUAUUGAGGUUUUUACUAUAAUUUUUGAGAUUCAUUUAGUGUUAGGCAAACUCAUUUAAAGAUUUCAAUUCUUUGCUACAUUAAUAUAAAUAACCAACAGUGCCCUGAUUUUCUAGAUGUUAAGAAAAUGGAGGUGCCGUAGAGAUUAAUAUUAUCAACAUCCAUUGUGUGGGACAUUCUUUUCCAAGGGAUUAGUCUAAUUUUGAAAUGUUCUGAUAUAGUAUUUCUACAUGGGUUAUUACCUUCACAAGUCCUAUUUGUUUAUAUUCCCUAAAUUGAACAGUGCAUGCUAAUAGUUUCAUUGAUCAUUUAGCUUGAAGGUGAUAAUCAAGAAUUAAAAACAAUGCAAAGUAUUUAAUACUAAUUAUACAUAGAUUGAAAAACAGCAUUGCACAGAGAUCUCAUUUAAGUCAAUACCUACAUGAUAUCACCAUGGUCCUGACAAAACGUUGACUGCUCCUUUCAGCCGAUGCUGCCUGACCUGCUAAGUUCAUCCAGCUUGUUUGUACGUGAUAUCAUCAUCCCUCUGUUUAACAAAGGAUAUGAGAUUUUUCAAAAUCACCUGAACUGUGAUAUUUUCCAUAAACAAACUUGUUGAAGAACAGUCCAAAAUUAGAGCUUCAAGUUGUUAGUUCAAAUUUGUAGCUUUAAUUUGUUUAUCCUUUUUAGGAUUAUAUUCUGUCCAUAGUUAGUCUUACUAAGACCUUGUUUUGUUUUUUAAGUGGGAAGUUGAAAACUUGAUAUUCAGUUGCUGUUGUCCAUAGUUUUACAGAGUGUGUGAAAUGAAAAGUUUUUAUUCCUGGUUGUUAACUGUAAAUUCUGGACAUGGCUCCCAAUUGAAGAAAUCCUCUACUAACAAAAAAUAUUUUAAUGUGAAAUGGAGAGUAAGGUUCCAUUACUAAAAUUCAUAAUCUUGUAUGAAUAUGUGCUCUGGUUGCUUUCCAGCCAAAGCUGUAGCACUUUCAGUAUGUUAAAGAAUUUGUAAAAAUAGAAAUUGUAUACAUCUUUGGUUACUUUUAAUGUAUUAAUUAGAAGGCAAUGUUGCAUCAUCCUUUGAUAAUUAUGUUUUGUAUUGCUAAUAUCAUGUUUAUAA